AUGACGGAUACUGGAUAUACUGAAGAAUUGUUACCAGGCACAUUUGAUGCGCUUUCCGUGAGAGAAAAUGGUGGCAAUACAGAAAGUGACACCAGUAGCAUACGCAAAAGUCAAAAUCAAGAUUCAAAACAAGAGGAUGUACAUCGUGAAAAUCUUUCAGUACAAACUCUAGAGGAUCAUACAGAAGUAACGGAGACUAGGGAACAAUCUGUCUCAAAAGAUCUCUUUGAUUUACCUCGUGCACCAGCGAGUUUGGAUGUGAAAGGAUUACAAGAAUCAGACGAAGAUCAUUACGUCAAAGACCUUUCAGAUUAUAAAUCUAUGGAUCCAGGGAAACCGGGCACCGUACCAACAAAUGUUUCGGAAAUUUUUAAUAGUAACCAGCCAACUUUGGAUGAACCGAUACAAUUUACAAGAGUCUCUUCCAGUUCUGUGUUAAGUGAAAGUAUAUCGGAAGGUGAUGCAGAUUUAAUAUCGCAUCUAGAAGGAAAAGUGGAAGAAGGAAAUAAUUUGACUUCGAAGGAGACGCCAGGGACAAUUGAAUCUAUUGUUGGAGAUAAGACGAUGUCAACUAUAGAAGGUUCCUCCCAAAAUAUAGGUAGAAUAUCUACUGGCGGGAGGAUGACACCUGAUCUCUCUCUUAUGGGCGGGGCCCUGGAAACUUCUUCUGACUUCCUAAAUUCCACACAAACCUCAAAUUCUCCAAAGAUUACAACACCUAUAACUGAAGUUGAUGCCAAUGAUGUAUAUGAGUCCCCGCUAAAUGAGAUAUUAUCAUCUACAGAUAGUUUCAACAAGGCAUCGACAGCGUCUGCAGAUCAUUCGAAACACGUAAGUGUGCAUGAAGUAAUACCUGAAGAAGAACCACAUCCAGAAACAACAAAUGAGGAUCCUCCAAUUAAAACUCCCGUAAUGGUGAAUAACUUUUUCGAAAAUCAAACACCAGUAUCAGAAUCAAGAUCCCCCUUCAGAACCAUUUCUUCUCCGUUUUCUUCUCUGAGGAAAAACGUUAAGAGUCAGCAUGGGACGCCUGACCACUCCCAGAGGAAUUCUAAUUCCUCCACCUCCUCUAAUGAUGUUAAGAGGAAGACCGGUACUAAGAAGAAAGGUGUUUUCUCAACAUUCGUUCAAAACAUCAAGAGGAACUCACACUCAGAGAAAAGAAUUUCUAGCGGAAGCGGUAAUGGAAGUGGAAAUAAUGCAUUUAAGAUCUCUACUCCUUAUAAUGCUAAGCAUGUUUAUCAUGUAGGUGUUGACUCCAAAACAGGGGAAUAUACAGGGUUACCAAAUGAAUGGGAGAAACUUUUAACUUCCAGUGGCAUUAGUAUGAAAGAACAACAGCAACAUCCCCAGGCUGUGAUGGAUAUUGUAAAAUUCUACCAAGAUGUUACUGAAAACUCUGGAGAAGAGAAAGUCUUCAAGACUUUCAAAGUAGGAGGUGGCUCUGGUGCAAACAUUGCAUCUACACCUUCUUUCAGAACCCCAUCAACUGCAUCAGUACAGAAGUUCGAAACUCCGCAAAUGCAAACAGAUGCAACUUUUCCGAAUGAAAACAAUGAUACCCCAUACUCUAGUAACUUACAGGGUCCGCUGCUCACUAACGAUUUCAGUGAAACUGUGAACAACGAAAAGUUCAUACCGACUCGGCCUGCUCCAAAACCUCAAGGUUCCUCCACAGUUAGCCGUAGGGUCGAAAUCCCUUCACCAAUCAAUUCGCUUGGCCAUGGAACACCAAAAGUGCAAAGAAGUGAUACUCAGUCAUCAAGCAUUUUCUCAUUCAAGAAGAUGCCAACAUUGAAAAGUGAGCAACCAUUACCUCCUAUUCCAAAGGCUGCAGAAAAACCAGCAAAUUUAUUGCCUGCAAGAGCGGCUCCUACUCCACCAAAACCUGCAAUUCCUACAACACCGGAACAAUCCUCAAUACCUGCAAUUCCUUCCGGGCUUGCUGUGGAAGUGAAAGAGGAAUCGAAUACUUCUAAUGUCCAGACAAGAAAGGCCCAGGAAAAAAAGAGGGAAGAGAGGAAAAGAAAGAAUCAACAAAUUCAAUCAAAAUUAACCGAGAUUUGCACAACAGGAGACCCAAGCAAACUGUACAAGAAUCUGAUCAAAAUCGGACAAGGUGCAUCAGGAGGAGUUUACACAGCGUAUGAAUUGGGCACAAAUGCUUCAGUAGCAAUAAAACAGAUGAAUUUGGAGAAACAACCCAAGAAAGAGUUAAUUGUGAAUGAAAUUCUGGUCAUGAAAGGAAGCAAACACAACAACAUUGUUAAUUUCAUUGAUUCAUACCUAUUUAGAGGUGAUUUAUGGGUUGUCAUGGAAUACAUGGAAGGUGGUUCGUUGACUGAUGUCGUUACGCACUGUAUAUUGACUGAAGGGCAAAUCGGUGCCGUCUCUAGAGAAACACUCAAGGGUUUACAGUUUUUGCAUUCAAAGGGAGUCAUUCAUAGAGAUAUUAAAUCAGACAAUAUUUUGCUAUCCAUGAACGGAGACAUCAAACUAACAGAUUUCGGUUUUUGUGCUCAGAUUAACGAGGUAAAUUUGAAGAGAACGACGAUGGUUGGUACUCCGUACUGGAUGGCCCCAGAAGUCGUAUCAAGAAAAGAAUAUGGACCAAAGGUUGAUAUUUGGUCUCUUGGUAUUAUGAUCAUUGAAAUGAUAGAAGGUGAACCACCAUAUCUGAAUGAGACACCACUAAGAGCUCUAUAUUUGAUCGCUACCAAUGGUACGCCAAAGCUAAAGGAUCCUGGAAAUUUAAGUCAUAAAAUGGCUAUGUUCUUAAAUUGGUGUUUAAUGGUUGAUCCAGAGGACAGAGGAACCGCAGCAGAUCUUCUUGAAGAUCCAUUUAUCACUGAAAUUGCGGAAGAGAACACCUCCCUUGCACCGUUGGUUAAACUGGCAAGGAUGAAGAAACUAGCAGAAAGUAUGGAAGAUGAUGAAAACGAUGAAGACAAAUACGAUGAACAAUCAUAA